AUGUCGGAUGGUAGUGCCCUCUGGUCCGUUUCUGGGCGUUGUCCGUCGGUGCAAUCGUUCCAGAGCCGUGCCACGAGCCACUCGACGACCAAGGCGAGGGGCCGCACCGGUUCCUUGUCUUCACAGCCCGCUGCUGCCUUCUCAUCGCCGAGGUCGUCGAGCUUCUCUCAUCUCCGCCCGCUGCCGUCGAGCAAGGAUGCGGAUUACCUCAACUUAGCUCAUCAGCGCAGUUUUAUUGGACGCUUCCGCUGUGCGACACCAGUGGUGAUACGCACGCCAGCUGCGGCUACGUCGCAUGAACGUCUCGCACCGUCCACUAUCGACGGUUCCACGCCGUCGCACAUGUACAACGGUAAAAGACAUGAGGAGACGGCAGCGGCAUCGGUGUGCGUCGCCGCCGCCGCCGGUGCGACCGCUGAGGGCGGCCGCACGAGUCCCUCCGCCGCUCCUGACGAGCGCGCGCAAGGUGCCGAGGCCGAGGCGCAGCAUGCCGUUGAUGUGCCCCCUCUUCACGCCGUGGCAGCUGACCAUCCUUCCUCGCUCGCUGCACCGGGUAGGUAUCCGCGGCAAUUGGGGCGCCGCGUGCCUGACUCCGGGGCGUCGAUGGCCAGCAGUGGGGCGGCGGGGCGCGGCGCUGGUCGGGGCCGGUCUUCGUCGGUCCUCAACGGAGCGCGCCCGCGCGGUCUUGUGCCUUCUUCAUCUGCUUCUGCUCUCGUGAGCUGGACAGGGGCGACGGCGUCUGCCGGCUUGCAGCGCAGACCUUUCGCUGCCCGCUGUGGCCGGCUCGCUGCGAACAUGGAGCCGCUGGUGAAAUCGGGUUUGCACACGUCUCUGUGGUUGGCUCAGCAGGAUGGCGGACUGGAGGUGCGUAGCAUGGCGAACCCCAAUCAAGUGCUGGCGAAUCUUCCGCGCCGCGACCCUCGAACCGUCAUCACCUCCCUGACGGAAGUCUGCGGCAGCCGCGUCGUCGCCGGAUGCACGGACGGCAUGCUGUGCGUCUACGAUGCCGUCACGAUGAAGCUAACGGCGGAGCAUCGCGCACAUACGGCUGCCGUGACGUGUCUGCUCUACGUCCAAGGCGCCCCGCGCCUCUCCCUGCACACCGGUGCCGGCACGGAGCCGCACGCCAACCAUGGGUCGGCCCCCACGCAGUCGCUCCUGCUCACAGGCUCGCUCGACCGCUCCAUCGCGGUGUGGGAAGCCGCGAGCAUGUCUUACCUGCGCAAGCUGAAGGGCAAUCUGCGCAGCAUCGGCGCGCUUGCGGCGACCGCGACUGGCGGGUACGCUUUCAGCGGCUCUGACGACGGGACGCUGCGCAUGUGGGACGCGGUGCAAGGCGACGAGCUCACUAUUACAAAGGAGGAGCGAGCGAAUGCCGUUCAGAGAGUGAGUGAGAUGGACUUGGCUGCAGCGGCGCCUCUGCCGCAGCCGUUGGUGGUGGGUUCGACCGCUGUCCCUGCUGCGGCGCGGCAGUCGAGCAGCUCGGUGUCUUUCCAUGGGUUCCACAGAGGGGAGACAGAGGCAGCGGCGGGUCGAGAAGUGCGCGCCGGCAAGUCCGCAGUGCCCGCGCCUCGCGUCUUCCAGCGUCCGUUGCUGACGUCGGUGUCGGCUAGUACCAGCGGAUUUGCGGCUGUCAGCCCACCUCGCCGUUCCACACCCCUAGCCGUCGCAAACGGUCGCCAUCACCGCUUCCGGGAGGGUAACAGCGCGAUGGAGCAGAGCUCUCUAGGCAGACGCGCCGGUGCUCAGAGAGCGCCGGUUGUCAUGCGUGGCGCCUGUCUCCUGACUGAAGCCGCCAAGGGUGGCGGUCGUGCGUCAUCGCUGUCGGCGUCUUCGUUGAUGCUCUUGGCGGAGGUCGGGGCUUUUGAACCGACGGAGACGGGCACGACGUUGAGUGCGUUUCGUGAGGGCAGUGCGCUGGUGGGCCCCGAGGGCGGCAUGUCACCGCUCCGCGGCAACUGGGAGCAGGAGGCCGAGCUGGAGGACAACGACGACAAGAGGGCGGCGAUAGGCUCCGCUGCUGUGGCGGACGGUCGCUACCGAGAUGCUGACAGGAGAUCCUUUGCGACGUUACGCACACCGCGCAGUCUCAAGCGCGGCAUAAAGAAGCGGGCGAAGAGCCUCCAAGCCAAGCGGGAUGCCGGUAUCGCCUCGGCCAGCAGCGGAAGGGCGGCGACAAAGACGAAAGCGAAGAGCACAUCCGCCGCCCCGGCCGCCGGCACGUGGGCGAAGCGCAAGAAAGGGGCACCGAAAGGGGCCACGAAGAAUGCGACGCUGGCAGCCGAGUCGACACCGGUGCGCACGCGGUGGCUCGCGAGCUCGUUGGAGCAGCGACUGGAAUCGUGGCUGCGUCUGUACCAGCAGCGCGUGCUGCUCUCGGCGGCAUCUAUGCAGCUUACGCAGCGCAUCUCUGCCGGGUACGACGCGGUCACCGCGUUCAACUGGCCCAUCGAGUGCGCGCACACUGAAUGCGUGACAGCGCUCGCGGUGGUAGAGGACCGCCUGCUCGUGAGCGCCUCGCGCGACGCCACAGCGAAGGUGUUUGCCCUGCCUUCUGGCCAGUACGUCCGUGCAUUGGGUUCGUCGCGCCGCAUGCCGCUCUCGAACGUGCUGUAUGACGCCAGCGUUGGCCGCCUCUACACCGCUUUCUUAGACGGCGGUCUUGCUGUAUACGACACCUGCAGCGCGGAGUUGCCGUUGCUCUCCCAGAUGCAGUCACCGUACACGAUUCUCUCUUCCACUUUUGUUCAGCUUCGCAUGACGCCGAUGCGGCGUUUCGUGUGGAUGGCCGUCGUGCGUGGAGAGGAGGCGCCGGGCACGUCUCUGAACGGCAGCGGCGGCCUGUCGUCGGUUGUUCUGGGCGCUGCCCAGUUUGAUAGGACCACCAUGGCGCAUGGCCCCAACCAAACCGCCACAAGCUAUCGCGUGGGCCAGCCGUCGCUGCGUGAGUUGAACGCGGCCGUCUCGCUGCAGCCGCUACAGCAGCAGCGGGUACGCAACCUUGCCCAGCAGGCGACACAGCCAACAAACGACAUGCUGGAGGAGAUGGAGUUGUCCGACAUGCGUCGGUGCGGGCUCGUACUGGAGCGAGAAUACGUGCGCCGGCAGUCGUACGGCGUCUUUGCGCGUUGGCGGCAGUGGGCCCAGCGCCGUGCGCUGCGCUCGCACUCUAAGGCUGCCAUUGCAGCCCGAGCGGAGAGCUGCGCGGUGACGCUGCUCGGUCGCUAUACACAACGGUGGCUGAACUGGACGCGCGGACGGAAGCAGACAUCUGCAAGCAAGGUGUUGCGAGAGGUGCAGUUGCAGUCAAGUGAAGUGGUGCUGCUCGCCGUCUGCAGCGAGGUGCUUGAGGGACGCCUCCGCGUGUGGACGUUGGUGGCCGAUGCCAUGGGGAGGCAACAACAGAUCACUCGGCUCGCCUGUGCGUACAGCCGCUGGCGUGAGUUCCUUCGAGCCCGACAGGCGCGUCUGCGCCAGUGCGUAUCGUUCAACAAACUGCUCUUGUCGAUGAACGCCAGCUCCUACACCCCUGCCAGCUGCACCCUGGCCCAGAUGACGCGGAAAGCGACGCGGGUCGCAUCCCAGUCGACGGCGCUGUGGCUUCUGACAGAGCAGGCGCAAGGCAGUCAGGCGCACGCGCGCCGGCGCCGCUGCUUUGACCUGUGGCGCGCGUGUGCGCGGCAGCGUCGGCGCGUUGCCGCCUCCGCAGCGGUGGGCCGGGAAUGGGCUGUGGUAGAGCCGCUUUCGUCGUCGCUGGCUCAGCCGUGGAAGCUGCGCCGCCGCUACUUUACGCUGUGGCAGAACUUUGCCCUGUAUGUGACGCGCAGCGAGCGACUUGCCAGCGAACGCGACACUCUGGGAGUGGAGUGGGCCACACUGCAGAAGACAUUGGAGAAACCGAUGUCGGUGCGACAGCUUCAGGAGAAGCUGAGUGCUGCGGAGUCCUCCACGGCUGCUGCGGGGGCAGAGGCGAAGCUCCUGGAGGCACGCCUAGAGACUGUGUCGAGUGAGAUGGCCGUACUGCGUACAGAGGCGGCGUUGAACAUGCUCAUCGCCGGCUACCGCAUCCCGAGUGUGGUAGAGGCAGCAACCCCGCUGCUCCCAUCCGCGGCGUCUGCGGUGACGGAAGUGUCGUCCAUGGCCUCGCUGCGCCGAGGCUCGCUCGCGUCGUCGACGUCGACAGCGUUGUCGAACGGCGGCGGUUGCAGUGGUGCGGUGGCCUGCAGCCACACGCCGAGCAUCACAGAUGCCGACUGGACGGAGGAGGAACGCGCGCAGCGGCAAGAGGAGGAUAAAGUGCUGUUUGAAGUGAGUGCCGUGCUGCGCGCCCUCAAGGGCAAAGCCGUGCAGUACGACCGCGAUGAUAAGCUGCUGUCCACCGCGCACACGCUCGCGCUAAAGCUGCCCAUCUACGAGCCUGCCCACCGCGCGCAGGCGAGCUUAGAGUCUAGUGCAGGCCGACACUCUCGCCUCUUGGCCCAGCAACCGCGAACGCCUCGCAUGCUGUCGGCGUGGUCUGUAUCAAACGCCAAGAGUGGCGGGUCGACUGCUGUGCCGGCGCUUUCAUCGUCAUCGCAGCAGCAGCAGCAGCAGCAGCACCGGCCGAAUCGCUCCGCUGCUGGACCCGCCGGCAGCGCCUCACCUUCAUCAACCACCGUUGCGCUGCCCAAGACUUCGGCUACCGCGCGCAGGGUCGCCAGCGCGGCGCAGAUGUGGGCGGCCCAACCGACGGAGGAGACGUACGCCUGCCUAGCGGACGCGUUCACGGUUGUGUACGCCAACCUGAGCGCGCUCUUGCGCGCCACGGCGCUGCAGUGCGGUGCACCGGCGCGGAUGGUCGCUGGCACGACAGGGGCUGCCACAGGAGACAAUUCGACGGCGCAUGUCGGUGCCUCGUGGAUCGCACAGGUGCCGCUUAAGCAGCGCCGUGUCAUGGUUGGCGAGAUACUGAAACUUGUGACGCUGUUCGACAGCUUCACGGCGCACAACGACCUUCCUGUGGAGUGCGCAGGGAGCAUCUCGAAGCGUGGGAGAGCCAACACCCGCGCCAUGCCGCUCUGCAGCUUGUGCAGUCGCGACACCGCCACUGCCUUGCUCGAGAGCGCCUCGGUGCUGCUGGAGCUCGUUGACCCACACCUGUGGCCUCUCCAGAUCAAGCUGAACCACCUGCAAGACGCCUACGCCGCCGCGAUUGCGGAGUUGAACGCCACCGUCUCCUCUGCGGGCUUCAGCGACACUGCCCCGCACAGCAGCGCCGUCAUGAAUCUCAACAGCGCGGGGAGCGGCGAGCAGGGCGCCUCGCCGGCACCGACGCCGCUAGUGAUGCAGCCACCUGCGCUGCGCCUUUCCGAUGAGGUGCUGCAGGAGGCGAGGGCAGCAAUGCUGCAGCAUGACGCGACAACGCUGACCAUCACAAAUCCAUUCGGUCCAGUGUCCGUUGAGCGACGGACGAACCUCUCUGCCUCGAGCGUGCGUAGUGGACUGACGCAGGCGACACCGCUCAGUUCAGCGGACGGCUGCACACCUGCGCGCGUGCACAGCACUGAAGAGCCGCUGAACACGUCGAAGAGUUUGGAGGAGGGGAGGGCCACGCCCACGACGGAGCCGCAGCACCUGCGACACCGCAGCACCUCCCACCACUCAUACCUAGGCGUGCCGACCCCACGCUCCUAUACCCCGCGCGCCGCAACACUGUCGGUGGCGGGGGCAGGGCUGAAUGGAAUGCUGGUGAAGCCGUACCUUGGCUUCCGCGUCAACGCGAACCGCGACACGCAGACGCUGCGGUGCACGACGAUCAGCAUUCGCGAGGUGACGCCGCAGUACGUUAACGCCGAGGGCGAGGACGUUGACGGGCCGGCGCAGGCAGCUGGUCUGCAGGUGGGCGACCAGCUUGUGCGCUUUGCCGGGUACGCUGUGACUGACCUCGCCGCCUUCAACGCGGUGGUGUCACGUCACGUGCGCGCCGGUGCGGAGCUGCCGGUGGUGAUCCUGCGAAGCGGCGAGCAGCUCUUCAAGACGAUCGUGGUGGGGAGCCGCGCCGCUGCUGAUGCCUAG